UUUAUAGGCACAUUGCCUCCAUUGGGACCUUUGCCUCAUGGCUUUAUUUCAACAAUGCCGGACAGGACAGAGUCAACACCUGCAAUUACACUUGUUUUAGAUAUUGAUGAGACCCUCGUCCACUGCGCCACCAGACCCCUUGAAUCACCUGAUAUUAUCUUUCCUGUAGAAUAUAAUAACGAGACCUGGGAAGUGUAUGGUAGGAUUCGGCCUGGUAUGCACGAAUUUCUUGAAAAAACCUCGGCGAAAUUUGAAGUCAUCACGUUCACAGCGAGCCAGGAAUGUUAUGCUGAGGCGCUGCUCAAGAUCAUCGAUCCGGAGAAAAAGUAUAUCAAGCAUCGGUAUUAUCGCGAUUCUUGUAUCCCUGUUUUCGGGAACUAUAUCAAGGAUCUUAGGAUUUUGAAUAGAGAUUUAUCCAAAGUUGUGAUUAUUGACAAUUCUCCACAAGCUUUUGGAUAUCAAAUCUCUAAUGGUGUUCCUAUUGACUCGUGGUAUGAUGACAAGUCAGAUCGGGAGCUUUCCAAGGUGAUGUCGUUUUUGGAAACUUUGGAGGGAGUAGAAGAUGUUCGUCCUAGGAUUGAUGAGCAAUAUAGAUUACAGGAACGACUUAGCAAGGCACUGGCGCAACUGGCAUCGCAUCAACAGAUCAGUAGCAUGAAUGGACUUGGAGCAUUAGGCACGACCCUGGACGCAUCGUUUGUUGCCUCGACACCUUCUUUGGCAGCACCAGUAGCAUCAACCUCAACGACAGUAGAUGUAGUCGAGGAUCUCUCUGCGCUUCAGGAAAUUGUACCGGAUCAUGCGAACGUGAACGAUACGUCGAUGAUGAUUUACGAAAUUGAAUUCGAGAAGCCACCAUCGCCGUCAGAUGAAGAUGAGAAUGAAUGUGAUGAAAAGAGUACUAGUCGGAUGCGACGAGGAGGACCAGAGGUGACGAAUGCAGGUUCAUCGGGUAUUAAAGGAGGAUCGCAAGGGAUGACGAUGACUACAAGAUCCAGUCUGGAUGCUACGAGGCAUUUAGUGUCAUUGUAA